GAGCCAGGGCACUGCUGUCGCCUACAAGAUCUGGAUCUACCUGGAGUGUCCUCCCCUCUGUCCCCUGCCCCCCUUUCCCUUUUCCCCUGUCCUCUCUUCCCUGAGCCUGCCUUCUCUUCACCAUCCCUACCCCUCUCUUCACCUGUUCCCAACCUUCAGUAGCCUAUCUAUCCCAUGUGUCUCUAGCCCUCCGCCCCCUGUCCUGUGUUCCCGGUCCUAGCCCUCUGGCCCCUCUGUCUUGUGCCCUGCCUGUAACUAGAGCCACUGCCUGUGGCCAUUUCAACCUCUCUGCCCUGAGGCAGGGCACGUCGGAGCCCAUGCCCCUGCCUCAGACAUAGUUGCUCUUGUCCCCUGAGCCAGAGAGGGGCCAUGGAGAGUCCUGUGGCCAGCAGGGCUGUGCCUGUGUCUGUGUCCCCAGCCAUGGACCUUGUACUGGGUGCUUCAGCCUGCUGUCUCGCCUGUGUUUUCACCAAUCCCCUGGAGGUGGUGAAGACAAGGCUGCAGCUGCAGGGUGAGCUGCAGGCCAGGGGGACAUAUGCCCGGCCCUACCGGGGACUCUUGCGGUCUGUGGGCACGGUGGCACAGGCUGAUGGGCUCUGGGGACUGCAGAAGGGGCUGGGAGCUGCCCUGCUCUACCAGGGCCUCAUGAAUGGAGUACGAUUCUACUGCUAUUCCCUGACCCUGGAGGCUGGCCUCACCCAGUACCACGGAGGCACUGUGGCUGCCGGGGCAUUGGCCGGAGCUCUGGGAGCCUUCGUUGGGAGCCCGGCGUACCUGGUCAAAACACAGCUGCAAGCGAAGACAGCAGCUCCCCUGGCUGUGGGCCAUCAGCACCAGCACCAGACUGCCCUUGGUGCCCUGGAAACCAUCUGGAGGCAGCAGGGCAUCCCCGGUCUCUGGCGAGGAGUCGGCGGGGCCGUGCCCAGGGUCAUGGUAGGAUCAGCCGCCCAACUGGCCACCUUCGCCUCAGCCAAAGUGUGGGUACAGGAUCACGAGUGGUUUCAGAAGGACAGCUGGCUUGUGGCCCUGGCUGGGGGUAUGAUCAGCAGUGUGGCAGUGGUCAUUGUGAUGACACCAUUUGAUGUGGUCAGCACCCGCCUGUACAAUCAGCCUGUGGACCCAACAGGAAAGGGCCAGUUGUACGGAGGGGUCCUUGACUGCUUGGUGAAGAUCAUACGGGCAGAGGGUCCCCAGGCUCUCUACAAGGGUCUGGGCCCUGCCUAUCUGCGCCUGGGCCCCCACACCAUCCUCAGCCUGCUCUUCUGGGACGAGCUCCGGAAGCUCAUCUACCGAUUCCAGCACCAGGGAGCCUAGGGCCCCUUCCUGGCCGUCCUCCUGCAGGACAGACAGCCCUGAAUUCGGGACCCUCUCUGCCCCAACAGGCUCUACGUCCUCUCCCAUCCCAGCCCUGCCCCAUUUUCAUGGCAAUGUUGAAAGGACGCAUGGGCGGUGGUGCUGGAAAUGGCGAGCCAGUAGGGAUCCUCCAUGUACAAUGGGAGUGAGCAACGGCCUACCAUGGAGUAAAGGAGAGAAGGGACCCUUUAUUGUCACUAGGAUUGGAGUGGGUUAGUGAAUGUUCAGAGGCCACUACUUUAGUUUCUAUUUGCCAGAGGGUCAGCUUUCUGUCCUUGGGUCCAUGCCACAGACUGUCCCCACUCUAAGCUCAGCAGAGUGUCUCGGAAAUACGAUCUCUGAUUCCCAGUGAUCCAGGGGAGUGUGGAUGCCUCAGUGCACCCCGUCGGUACUCCUGGGAAACACUGAUAUGAGAGUCAAAAGUUGGAGGGAGGGGUCUAAGAUGGCGCAUGGAUCACAGCCGGAAGGGACCUUAGAGGUUAUCUAAUCCAACCCCCUCAUUUUAUAGAUGGGGAAACUGAGACCCAGAGAAGUAACAUAGGUAGUAACAAAACUGGGAUUUGAAACCAAAUCCUUAGACUAAUGCACCGCCACUUAUCCUCAUUAAAUACGACUAGAACAUGAAAAUGUUCUUUAGAACAUGGAAUGCUAGAAUUCAGAAUAUACAGUUUUAACAUAGGAGAGACUACAUGGAGAAAGUUGGACUUGGAGUCAGAAAGACAUGGGUUUACAAUUGAGCCUUGGACACUUGUUGGCUAUGUGACCUUGGGCAAGUCACUUCUCUGUGACUCAGUUUCCUUCAUCAGUAAAAAGAUGGGGUUGGAUUAAAUGGCCUGAAAGGUCCUUUCCAACUCUAAUGCUAUGUUCCAAAAAUGGCAGUGCUAAAAAGGGUCUCUGAGACCACUUACCCCAACUCCUGCAUUUUACAGAAGAGUGGAACUGAGACCGAGAGAAGGCUUGUUCAGGAUUGUAUAAAAAGAGACAGAGCUGGGAUCUGAACCCAGUUUUUCUGACACUCAGUUAUCUCACUGCCUCAUGUUCCCUCAUUCCUGAGGCCCCUUGAGUGGUUGGGUUGGGGGAAAAAGGGAAGGGGUCCCUGCUCUCAG